AGCUCGCACUGCCUUCCGUGCCCAUAGCGUUGCUCUGGUCGUGAUUUUUGUCGGCGGAGGCUCUCUCCGACGAUCUGGCCGACGAAAUCGAUGUUCAGUUUCCCUGAUUCAACUCUCGACUUCAUGGACGACUAGUGCUACGAGCCAACGUCAUUACUUUGUCGUGACUUUCGUCGGGGAAGUCCUCGCCUCCGAGCUGACCGACGAAAUCGACUGCAGUCACGAUUCCAGCGACGAGCCAAUAGCGAUGUUCCUUUGGUCGUGACUUUUGUCGGGGCAUAGUCUCUUUUCCGGAUUGACCGACGAAAUCGAAGGCUUCGGUUUGAAGAAUUCCCGUUGUUAUUUGUUUAUUAAUUCUUUUUUAUUGUUAUGUGCUCUUCGUUUCCAUCUUUCGACAACCGGUGGCCCUUUCUCUCUCUCUCUCUCUCUCUCUCUAGAGUCGACACCCAUCGAUCAGAAUGGAGCACGGGAAAUCCUAAUCUCAGGUCUCUGAAGAGGGGAAGGAGGGGACUGUUUAGGGUUAGGUUUCGGCCAUGGCAUCGUCUCGUGCCGUGCUCGGGCUGCCAGUGAAGUGGCGGACCUUUGGGAAUGGAGCCCUCGUGGAGAGACGGAGGGUUUUUGCUCUAGGUGAUGUUGCCUCCUCUUUUGCUCGCGACGGGGAAAGAAAGCUCCUCGGGCAUCUGGCCCUAGUGGCCAAAUCGCAUUCCAGCCGGGGGGAGAUCUCUGGGCAAGCGAAGCUGAGGGUGUUGGAGGCUCCGGCCGUAGAAAAUUGGCAGAUUCUAUCCGGGGUGGAGAUUCCGGUGACUUGUUUUCAGCUUCUAGGUGUUACAGCGCAAUCAGAAAAGGAUGAGAUUGCCAAAGUUGUGAUGGAGUUGAAAAGUUCAGUGAUUGAAGAUGGAUAUACUGCCGGCACCAUUGUUUCUCGGCAGGGUCUGUUGAUUGAUGUAAGGGAUAAACUUCUAUUUGAGCCAGAAUAUGCUGGCAAUAUAAAAGAAAAAGUACCACCAAAAUCUUCUCUUCGAAUCCCUUGGUCUUGGUUGCCUGGUGCCCUAUGUCUUCUAAAAGAGGUUGGAGAAGAUAAGAUGGUUCUAGAAAUUGGCCAAGCAGCGUUACAACUUGCUGAUGCUAAGCCAUAUAGUCAUGAUUUGCUUCUCUCCAUGACUCUAGCUGAAUGCUCAAUUGCAAAGAUUGGUUUCGAGAACAACAAGAUAUCUGAAGGCUUUGAAGCUCUUGCAUAUGCCCGUUACCUACUACGGAGCCACAUCUCUCUAGGGAAAAUGCCAUUACUCUCGCAGAUAGAAGAAUCCUUAGAGGACCUUGCACCUGCUUGCACAUUGGAGCUUCUGGGCCUGCCUCAUGUUCAUGAUAAUGCUGAAUGUAGACGUGGAGCAUUAGCAGCUUUGCAAGAACUGAUUAGACAGGGUCUAGAUGUUGAGUUUUCCUGUAGAGUUCAGGAUUGGCCUUGUUUCUUGAUUCAGGCUAUGAACAAGCUAAUGGCAUCUGAAAUUGUUGACCUUCUUUCUUGGGAUUCCUUGGCCAUUAAACGCAAGAAUAAAAAAUCCAUUGAGUCUCAGAAUCAAAGGAUUGUGCUUGAUUUUAACUGCUUUUAUUUGGCCAUGAUCGCUCACAUUGCUCUUGGUUUUUCAACACGACAAAAUGAGAUGAUUUCUAGAGCAAAAACCAUUUGUGAGUACUUGAUUAUAUCAGAGGGAGCAGAAUUGAAAUUUGAGGAAGCUUUUUGCUCAUUUCUUCUUGGUCAGGGUGGUGGAAUGGAGGCUGUUGAAAAGCUUCAACAGCUUGAAGCAAUCAGAAGUUCCACCUCACGGAAUUCACUAUCCAGUUUGAGUGGAAUGGACAAGGACAAGGUCUUAGUUAACCAGGCACUGGAAACUUGGCUGAAAGAUGCUGCUCUUUCUCUCUUUCUGGAUACACACGAUUGCUCUCCUUCUAUGGCCAACUUCUUUGGGAGUCCAAUGCGAAUUCUUAGUGUUGGCAAGCAGAAAAUAGGAACCACAAAAUCACUUCCUUCUGCUGGCAAUCGUAUAUCAAAUUUUGGUCUUUUACCCGACCAUGGAACUUCUGUUGCGCAAGCUGCACACGAUAAUUUGACCAAUCAUCUGGACAAAGCUUUCAAACAUCUUUUAUCAGUUAACUUGCAGAGACAAAUGUCUGUAGGUGAUCCUACUGGUAAUAUUAGUCUGCCAUCUUCUCAGCUAAAGAGAAAUAUUGAUUUUCAUUCCAAGAGAUUCUGGGAAAGCUGGUUUAGCAAAGGAAAUAUGGCAGGAAAGAUUGCCCAUACUGCUCUUGUUGGAUGGAUUGUAUUUGGUGCAUUUAAGCUGCUCGCUAUGCGAUCUGGUAAUUCUAACAUGCCAUAUGAAUUGAAGACAAGUCACCCUUGCAGUACUAGUCAAAUCACUGCUUCGAGUCAUCAUGGUAGUUGUGAUAGUGCAUCUGCUUUCGUAAAGAGGGAUCUAAUGGGUCAGCUACGGAAGUUUUGGGCUAUUUUCAGGGGAGACCUCAAGUAUACAAAUGGUGUUGGAAGUUUGCAGAAUACAUGGCCCACCGAUGAUCUUUCACGUUUCUCUGCUGUUGCUGCUGGUACUCAGGUACACAGGCGACAGAUGUCUAUUGAAGAAGCAGAAGCACUGGUGAAGCAGUGGCAAGAUAUAAAGGCUGAGGCAUUAGGUCCUAGUCAUCAGAUUCAGUUGCUGCCUAAUAUUCUUUCUGAAUCGAUUCUUUUAAAGUGGGAAGAAUUGGCAAAUUCAGCAAAAGCAAGAUCCUGUUUUUGGAAGUUUGUUUUGUUACAAACCUCUAUUCUGCAUGCUAAGAUAGUCUCAGAUGGAGGUGAUGAUGAGAUGGCUGAAAUCGAGGCUGUGCUUGAGGAAGCUGCUGAACUUGUUGAUGAUUCUGAGCCAAAAAAGCCGAAUUAUUACAGUACAUAUGAAGUCCAUUAUAUCCUUAGAAGACAAGAAGACGGUUCAUGGAGAUUUUGUGGAGGUGGUAUCCAGAAUCAAAAUAUGACAUGAUGAGCUUAUCAAUCAGGUAUCGGGUCUUAUAAAGGGCAAUCCUUUUUAAUUGUUCAUGCAUCUAAGAGGGUGGCUUCACAUCAUUGAAGUGUAAAAAUGAAGAGGCUGAGCUUCUGCCACUGAAUUUUCUUGAUUUUGAGAAAUGAUUGAUUGGUGGAUGCCUGUUUGUUAACCAACUGCAUUUUUAUGGUUACGUGAGUAUUCUUUC